GGCCCAUUGACUUUACGACUGCACUUUCCCUGAACUUCGGCGUCCGAACGCGGCGUCGUUCGCACCAGCCGCGCGCGCGGGCGUCGACAGCUGCUCACAGGCGGACUUCGAGGCAAUCAACAGAAGAAUAAAAAGACAACACGUGGAAUUUUGGUGGUAGCUGAAUGUUAGCAUUUUGGUGAAGAAGCUAACAACGGCAUUAUUUUCAACAUGACCACGCGGACGCCCACAUAUUGGUUGAUUUUGGAUGGAUUGAACUGACGACGUGGCCCAUCCCUCCUCCUAUUCUUCCUCAUCUUCCUCUCUUCUUGGACCUCAUCAAUAAUGUCGUUCCAGCUGUUAACUCGUCUACGCAGCCACGCAAUACACAACUUGAAAGAACCCGGACUGUGCUGAAAACGCAGAAUGGGGAAGAAGGACGCCAGCGCCACCAACCUACCAGUCGAUCAGUACAGGAAACAGAUCGGGAAACAGGACUACAAAAAGACAAAGUCGGUCCUGAAGGCCACGCGGCUCAAAGCGGAAGCCAAGAAGAACUCGUCUGGAUUCAGGGACGCCUUGCUGGUCCUCGUGGCCAUCGUGUUCUUUGUCGUCUGCGUCUACGCCUUUUUCUACCUCAACCUCAGCAACGAGAUCAACAUGGACACGGACGUGGACUGAAGCCGACCGCGGACUUUGUAGGAGUGAAGUGAUGUCGUCGGUCUUCCAGACACUUCUUUAGGUACACCCGCAUAAUACAAUCACAUCCAAGGCCAUCCUAGCAAUCCUGCCAAGGCUUAUUUCACAUUGCAAGCUUUUAUUUACAACUCAAGGCAAUAACCCUCCCGCUCUGCUCAGCAACACAUCGGCGAAACCCAUCCUGUCAAAAGUCAGAGCUUCAAAAGAAAAGCACACCGUAUAAUAACACAGCCUCACCACACUUUCUUUGGCCUCAUGGUGGCUUGUUUUGAUAAACGAGCGCAGAACAUAGUCUGUUAAAUAAGCCAAGAAAUUGUGAUGCGACUGUAUUGUACUCGUGUGCUUUUAUUUUGAAGGCCUGACUUUUGACAGGAUUUUACACUGUUUUCUCUAUGUAAAAUUCUUUUGCUAUUAUUCUCUUUAAAAUGUAACUUUUUGUGUUAAUAUUUUUGGGUGUCUGGAACGGAUUAAUUGGAUUUGCAUUGUUUCCUCUGGGAAAUAUUGCUUUGGUUUUCGUACAAUUCCGUUUCAACCGGACUUUCUGCAACGGAUUUAUUAUGAAAACUGAGGUUUCACUGUAAAUAAUAAUUUCAGUGAAAAUGAAAAAAAAGUGAAAUAGAAUAAUUUCCCGCAGCGCAGUGUUUUGGAAUCACGAACCCUCCGAAGUAAUUCUGCGGAGUCACGUCCUCUCCUCGGAAAAAUGUAAAUAUCCCGUCAUGGAGCAGGAGACAAUCACAUUUCCAGUCACAUUCCGGCGCACCUCCCUCUUCCGUCACCCCGGCGGAUGCGUGCCAGAUUGGAAUCCGUGCGCGGAAUAGCGAUGGGCGUGUUUCUACCUGGAUUAGCAUCGCAAAUACACCGCUUUCAUUUUGAAUGCGAGCGCCGGCGUACGGGAACAUUUAUGCGGCAGCGGCGACUCCUUGGCGAGAACGCGCCUGUCCGUCAAUGCUUCCUUUAUCCCGCCGUGAGCGCUCUCCCAUGACCUCUCACCUCCACUGAAAGGCUGCAUUUCAAAGGAACCAUUAUGAUAAGCGAGCGGGCUUUUCAUCCGCACGCCGCCGCCGCCGCUCCUUCCUCUUCAGUCGCUCGCGCUCGUAAAAGACCUUCAAGACAUCUCACCUGGGAGCCUCUAAUAUAUUCUUGUAACGCCGUAACAAAGGCGACGGAUGCUUUAUGUGUACGACUGAUUUACACAUGCCGGACACUUCAUUAGGUACGCACCUGAUGCACGCAAGCUUCAACCAUCUUGUUUUGGGCUGCACAAGGAAAUAUGUCGCAAAAUGGCAAAGAAAUUAAUGUCUUAAUGUCAUGAUUACAUUUCAGGACAAAAGUCGGAACAUUACAAUAUUUUUUUUCCCCAACAGGAUGCAAUGGCAUGAGAAAAAAAAUGUCCUAAUGUGCGAGAAAAAUAUUGGAAAAAGUCGAUUUUUUUGGGGGGGGAAAAAUUCGGAAUGUCACGGGAAAACUAAAAGUUGUAAUGUUGGAAGAAUUUUUUUAAUAGUGUUUUUUGUUGUAAGAAUAAAAAAAAAAAAAAAAGUGGUAACAUUACAAAAAUAAAAAAAGAAAAUCACAAAAUAAGUUGUUGUGUUACACGAAAGAUUUUGGGAAAACUUGAAAAUAAUAGUCGUGAUUUGAUCAAAUUUGAUGUCACGAGAAAAAAAGUCCUAUUUCAUGAGAACAUUUUUUACAAAAAAGUUGUAAUGUUAUCAGUGAUGAUUUGAAAAAUGUUCAAAAAAAUUGCAAUAAUAUUAUAAUAAAGCUCAAAGUUGUAAAGUUACGAGAAUUUGUGGGAAAAAAAUGACCACAAAAGUCAUUUUGCAAGAAAGCGUUCCAAAAAAAAGUCAUGAUUACAAGAAUACAAAAAAUGGUCGUAAUUACAAAACAAAUUUGGCCAAAAAAAUGUAUGAGAAUAUUUUCAAAACUAUCGUCAUAGUGUUACAAUAAUGAUUUCAGAAAAAGUCGUGACUACGAGAAAAUGGUCAAAAAAAGGUCAGAAUCAUAAGAACAAAUUGAGAAAAAAAUGCUAUGAGAAUAUCUUCAAAACAAUAGUUGUGAUGUUACAAAAAAAGAUUUUGGAAAAAGUUGUCAUUUGACAAGAAUUUAUUUCAAGUUGUAAUAUUUCGGGAAAAUUUGGGGUGAAAAGUCAUAACAUUGUGAGAAAAAUAAUGUGACUAGAAUGAACCCAAAAAGGCUUCACCCACACAACAUCGCGACUUUGUUGUCUUAAAACGACGACAUUUUCCAGUGCGGCCUUCAUAUUCUGCUCAUUAGAAUAUGCGGCCGAGUGUAACGUGAAUUAUUAUCUCUUUAUAUUUGUCUCAUUUGAAUUUGUCACCAAAAUGAUAUAUCUGUGUAUAAUAAAUGCAAAAAAGAAUAAAGCAUGUUUUCUUGAAA